AUGUUCCCCUUCGAUGCUUGGACCCCCGGCCCCGGCCCCCUCUACACCGCCCUCACCACCUCCUGGGCCGCCCUCAACCUCCCCAACCCGCCCCACUGGCUCACCACUUGGGUCCCCGGAGAGUCCCCCCUCAGUACCCAGAAGGCCGUUGUCGCCGCCAUCGGCACCUACCUCCUCAUCAUCUUUGGUGGUAGGGAGAUCAUGAAGAACCGACCCGCCUUCAAGCUCCAAAUCCCCUUCCAGAUCCACAACGUUUACCUCACCCUUGGUUCUGGUCUUCUUUUGGCUUUGAUGCUUGAAGAGAUUAUCCCCAUGUAUCUCAGGCAUGGUUUCUUCUUUGCUAUCUGCAACGGCCAGGCUUUCACCCCUCGAUUGGUCACCUUCUACAUGGUCAACUACUACUUCAAGUAUGUCGAGCUCAUUGACACCGUUUUCCUUGUCCUCAAGAAGAAGCCUCUCGCGUUCCUCCACGUCUUCCACCACGCUGCUACCGCUAUCCUUUGCUACACUCAGCUCGAAGGCGAGACUUCUGUCCAAUGGGUUGUUAUCACUCUCAACUUGCUCGUCCAUGUCAUCAUGUACUACUACUACUACGCUACCGCUGGCGGUGCCAAAAUCUGGUGGAAGAAGUACCUCACCUCCCUCCAGAUCAGUCAAUUCGUCAUCGACCUGUUCAUCGUAUUCUUCGCAAGCACGUACCUCUUCUCUCAUCGUUACACGCACAACCAAUACCCCAACCUCUAUUUCCCCAUAUCGCCUUCAACCUACUCCCACAUGGCUGCCAAGACUUCUCUGCCUACUGUCGGUGAUUGUGCCGGAUCCGAGGGUGCUGCGCUCUUUGGAUGUGGUCUUUUGAGCUCUUACUUGUUCUUGUUCAUUGCUUUCUACAAGGCCACCUACAAGAAGGCUGCCGCUAAAGCCAAGCAGGCCAAGGACAAGGCUACUGCCGUCGCUGCUGAAGUUGUCGGUUCUUCCAAGUCCAAGAAGUAG